AUGGCUUUAUGCAACCUUACCAAAGUUCCAAAACUGUGUCUAGUGUAUUUUGCUUUUGACAAAAGUACAUGCAUUAUUGAAACAAAAAAACUGCGAUUGAAAGAGACAGGGAAGCUUUUUUCAGAGACUGCACCAAAUGCCAGAGACGUGAUUACGGUCAAAAGUGGAGGCAAGCUGCUGGAAGCUAUGGUCAUUGCGACAGGUGGUAAGUAGAGUCGUCUUUUCCAAUCUUUUUCCGGAUUAUUAGUUUCGCUGCAUUUCAAGUUUUUGUUUCGUAUAAUUGUUGUUGCCCUUUAAGGCUUUAUAACAAUUGCAUUUUCUCAAUUUUUAGGUAACGAAGAUAACAUUAAUAAAGAGGAAAGGGCUUUUGUUGAGACGAACCUAGGGCUUUUCAACCUGGAACCAGUUUCUCCUGGAAAGAAAAGAACCAAUGAAGAUAAGCAUGCUGGUACGUCAAAACAACAGAAAAGCUUCGAGUGA